ACCGAGCGGCCCGGGCCCUGAGCGCGUCUCCUCCGGGGGGCCUCGCCCUCCUGCUCGCGGGGCCGGGGCUCCUACUGCCGUUGCUGGCGCUGCUGCUGGCUGCGGCGGCGGCCAGGAUCAUGUCGGGCCGCCGCUGCGCCGGCGGGGGCGCGGGCGCGGCGGCCGAGGCCGUGGAACCGGCCGCCCGCGAGCUGUUCGAGGCGUGCCGCAACGGGGACGUGGAGCGAGUCAAGAGGCUGGUGACGCCAGAGAAGGUGAACAGCCGCGACACGGCGGGCAGGAAAUCCACCCCAUUGCACUUCGCCGCAGGCUUUGGGCGGAAAGAUGUAGUUGAAUAUUUGCUUCAGAAUGGAGCGAAUGUCCAAGCGCGUGAUGAUGGGGGCCUUAUUCCUCUACAUAACGCAUGCUCCUUUGGUCAUGCUGAAGUGGUCAAUCUCCUUCUGCGACACGGUGCAGACCCAAAUGCUCGUGAUAAUUGGAAUUACACUCCUCUCCACGAAGCUGCAAUUAAAGGAAAGAUUGAUGUUUGCAUCGUACUCUUACAGCAUGGAGCUGAGCCAACCAUCCGAAAUACAGAUGGAAGGACAGCCCUGGAUUUAGCAGACCCGUCUGCCAAAGCAGUGCUGACUGGUGAAUAUAAGAAAGAUGAACUGUUGGAAAGUGCCAGGAGUGGCAAUGAGGAAAAAAUGAUGGCUCUACUCACACCAUUAAAUGUCAACUGCCAUGCAAGUGAUGGUAGAAAGUCAACUCCGUUGCAUUUGGCAGCAGGAUACAAUAGAGUGAAGAUUGUACAGCUGUUGUUGCAACAUGGAGCUGAUGUCCAUGCAAAAGAUAAAGGUGAUCUGGUGCCGUUACACAAUGCCUGCUCCUAUGGUCAUUACGAAGUAACUGAACUUCUCGUCAAGCACGGUGCCUGUGUAAAUGCAAUGGACUUGUGGCAGUUCACACCUCUUCAUGAGGCAGCGUCUAAGAACAGGGUUGAAGUGUGUUCUCUUCUGCUAAGUUACGGCGCAGAUCCAACACUGCUGAAUUGUCACAAUAAAAGUGCUAUAGACUUGGCUCCCACACCACAGUUAAAAGAAAGAUUAGCAUAUGAAUUUAAAGGCCACUCUUUGCUGCAAGCUGCACGGGAAGCUGAUGUUACACGAAUCAAAAAACAUCUCUCUCUGGAAAUGGUGAAUUUUAAGCAUCCUCAAACGCAUGAAACAGCAUUGCAUUGUGCUGCUGCAUCUCCGUACCCCAAAAGAAAGCAAAUAUGCGAACUGUUGCUAAGAAAAGGAGCAAACAUCAAUGAAAAGACUAAAGAAUUCUUGACCCCUCUACACGUGGCAUCUGAGAAAGCUCAUAAUGAUGUUGUUGAAGUAGUGGUGAAACAUGAAGCGAAGGUGAAUGCUCUGGAUAAUCUUGGUCAGACUUCUCUGCACAGAGCUGCACACUGUGGUCAUCUGCAGACCUGCCGCCUCCUCCUGAGCUACGGGUGUGAUCCUAACAUCAUAUCCCUUCAGGGCUUCACUGCCUUACAGAUGGGAAAUGAAAACGUGCAGCAGCUGCUUCAAGAGGGUAUCCCAUUAGGUAAUUCAGAGGCAGACAGACAAUUGCUGGAAGCUGCAAAGGCUGGAGAUGUAGAAACUGUAAAAAAGUUGUGUACUGUUCAGAGUGUCAACUGCAGAGACAUCGAAGGGCGUCAGUCGACACCACUCCAUUUUGCAGCUGGCUAUAAUAGGGUGUCUGUGGUGGAGUAUCUGCUGCAACACGGAGCUGAUGUGCAUGCUAAAGACAAAGGGCAAGUACCCUUGCAUAAUGCAUGUUCUUAUGGACAUUAUGAAGUUGCAGAACUUCUUGUUAAGCAUGGUGCAGUAGUUAAUGUAGCUGAUUUAUGGAAAUUUACACCUUUACAUGAAGCUGCAGCAAAGAAAAUAUGAAUUUGCAAACUUCUGCUCCAGCAUGGUGCAGAUCCUACAAAGAAAAACAGGGAUGGAAAUACUCCUUUGGAUCUUGUUAAAGAUGGAGAUACAGAUAUCCAAGAUCUACUUAGGGGAGAUGCAGCUUUGUUAGAUGCUGCCAAGAAGGGUUGUUUAGCCAGAGUAAAGAAAUUGUCUUCUCCCGAAAAUGUAAAUUGCCGUGAUACCCAAGGCCGACAUUCAACACCUUUACAUUUAGCAGCUGGUUAUAAUAAUUUAGAAGUUGCAGAGUAUUUGUUACAACAUGGAGCUGACGUCAAUGCCCAAGACAAAGGGGGACUUAUUCCUUUACAUAAUGCAGCAUCUUAUGGGCAUGUAGAUGUAGCAGCUUUACUAAUAAAGUAUAAUGCAUGUGUCAAUGCCACGGACAAAUGGGCUUUCACACCUUUGCAUGAAGCAGCCCAAAAGGGACGAACACAGCUUUGUGCUUUAUUGUUGGCCCAUGGAGCUGAUCCUACUCUUAAAAAUCAGGAAGGACAAACACCUUUAGAUUUAGUUUCAGCAGACGAUGUUACUGCUCUCCUAACAGCAGCCAUGCCCCCUUCUGCUCUGCCUUCAUGUUAUAAACCUCAAGUACUCAAUGGCAUGAGAAGCCCAGGAGCCACUGCAGAUGCCCUGUCUUCAGGUCCAUAGCCAUCAAGCCUUUCUGCAGCCAGCAGUCUUGAUAACUUAUCUGGAAGUUUUUCUGAACUGUCUUCCGUGGUUAGUUCAAGUGGAACAGAAGGUGCUUCCAGUUUGGAGAAAAAGGAGGUUCCAGGGGUAGAUUUCAGCAUAACUCAGUUUGUAAGGAAUCUUGGGCUCGAGCACCUAAUGGAUAUAUUUGAGAGAGAACAGAUCACUUUGGAUAUAUUAGUUGAGAUGGGACACAAGGAACUGAAAGAGAUUGGAAUCAAUGCUUAUGGACAUAGACAACUAAUUAAAGGAGUUGAGAGACUUAUCUCUGGACAACAAGGUCUUAACCCAUACUUAACUCUGAACACUUCUGGAAGUGGAACAAUUCUCAUAGAUCUGUCUCCUGAUGAUAAAGAGUUUCAGUCUGUGGAGGAAGAGAUGCAAAGUACAGUCCGAGAACACAGAGAUGGAGGUCAUGCAGGUGGAAUCUUCAACAGAUACAAUAUUCUCAAGAUUCAGAAAGUUUGUAACAAGAAACUAUGGGAAAGAUAUACUCACAAGAAAGAAGUUUCCGAAGAAAACCACAACCAUGCAAAUGAAAGAAUGCUAUUUCAUGGGUCUCCCUUUGUGAAUGCAAUUAUCCAUAAAGGCUUCGAUGAAAGACAUGCCUAUAUAGGUGGCAUGUUUGGAGCUGGUAUUUAUUUUGCUGAAAACUCUUCCAAAAGCAAUCAGUAUGUGUAUGGAAUUGGAGGAGGUACUGGGUGUCCAGUUCACAAAGACAGAUCUUGUUACAUUUGCCACAGGCAACUGCUCUUUUGCCGGGUAACUUUGGGAAAGUCAUUCCUGCAAUUCAGUGCAAUGAAAAUGGCACAUUCUCCUCCGGGACAUCAUUCAGUGACUGGUCGGCCCAGUGUAAAUGGCCUAGCAUUAGCUGAAUAUGUUAUUUACAGGGGAGAACAGGCUUAUCCUGAAUAUUUAAUUACUUACCAGAUUAUGAGGCCUGAAGGUAUGAUCGAUGGAUAAUUGUUUUA